AUGGGUAAAAAAACCAAUAAAAAAAAUCAACAAUUAAAUUCCACUGACAAUAUAAUUCAUAAAUCACCACCAACCCCACCUUCUUCUCAAGCAUCACAAACAACAUUGGUUAAUGGACAUUCCACUGCUUCAGAUAAUAGUAAAAAGCAACAUGAUAAAGAAAUUGAGCCUUCCGCUUUUAAAAGUAAUAACAAUGGAAAAAAAUCAUCAAAAUCAAAUUUUCUUGUCAACUUUUUCUCAUGGAAAAAAAUAUUACUAAUAUAUAUCUUUGGUGUAAUAUUUGGUUGUUACGAGAAAAAACGUGAAGAAUGCUCCGAGAUGGGAGAAUUGUUUUGUUUCAACGGUUUAUCUCAAUACAUCUUAAAAAACGACUGGUUUAAACAUUACGUUGAACCCGGUAUCAUUAGAUUAAAUGCUGAUGCAGUAACGUAUACUAAUAAAGCUCAUGAACUAAUUUAUCCACAUUAUGAACUACAUGCAAAACCUCAUGUUGACACCUAUAUAGAAAAAUCUCGACCAUACUUGGAACAUACUAAAGUUUGGACUACAGAAAAUGUUUAUUCACCAACCAAGGAUACUCUUCAAAAAUCAUUCGUAAAAGUCGGAUCACUUUAUAAUCAACAUGCAAAAGAACAUGUCAACAAAUAUUAUUAUAAAACACAAGAACUGUUAACCAUCUAUAUAAGCAAAGUUCAAAACUAUGUAUUGAAGGCUUAUGAAUCGUCAAUAAGUUUCAACAAUAAAAAAGUCCAACCUUUUUAUCGAUCGGAAGUCAAACCACGUUUGAUUGCAUCAAAAGUUAAAGUCGUUGACUUUUAUAAUCAUAAAAUGGUCCCAUUCGCUAAUCAACGUGUUGAAGAUUCCAAAUAUUUAAUUAAUAAGGUAAUAAUACCUGCUUAUCAUGAUCAUGCCGAACCUCAUAUAUUACAAGUAAUCAAAGUUGUCAAAGAGUUUAUUGAAAAAAUGAAACAACAACUUGCUGAAUUGACUAAUCCAGACGAUAAAAAAGUUGCUGAAAAAGCUGCCGCCAAAGAAGCUGAAAGAAAAAGUAAAGAAGCAGCAAAACUAGCUGAAAAAAAACGUAAAGAAGCAGCAGAACUAGCUGAAAAGAAACGUAAAGAAGCAGAACAAGCCGAAAAGAAACGUAAAGAAGCAGAACAAGCCGAAAAGAAACGUAAAGAAACAGCAGAACAAGCUGAAGCAGCGGCAAUCAUUGCAACUAAAAAAUCUAUUCACGAAACAACCAAAAAUCUAGGAUGCUCUGUUGCCACAAUUAAAAAAACAGGAACUGGUGGUUGUUCAUUGUUAAAACAAAACCCAACCAAGGCUUUUUUGAAGUUUAGAGGUUUCAAGGCCACUGAUAAAAAGGAACAGGAUAAUUUGUGA